AUGACCCUCAGACAAACUGUUAUUUACUCUGCUGAGGCGUGUCCAGUGCUGUGUAGUGGUAAUGGUCAGUAUGAUAAGGGAUCCUGUAUCUGCUACAGUGGAUGGAAGGGAGCAGAGUGUGCCGUCCCCACCACCCACUGUAUUGACCCUCUCUGUAGUGGACAUGGGACCUGCACUGGCGGGACCUGUGUCUGCUCCCUGGGGUACAAGGGAGACAACUGUGCCAAAGUGGACUGCCUGGACCCCACCUGUUCUAGUAAUGGUAUCUGUGUGAAUGGGGAGUGCCACUGUAAGCCCGGCUGGGGUGGCCCACACUGUGAGCUGCAGCGGCCACAGUGUCCAGACCAAUGCCAUGGCCAUGGGGCAUUCAUACCAGACACUGGCCUCUGUAGCUGUGACCGCAACUGGAUGGGACCAGACUGCUCUGUAGAGGUGUGUUCUGUGGACUGCGGGACCCACGGUGUGUGUUUGGGCGGAGCGUGUCGUUGUGAGGAGGGCUGGACAGGCAUCGGGUGUGACCAGCGAGUGUGUAACCCACUGUGCAUCAAACAUGGAACCUGCAAGGAUGGCAAGUGUCAGUGUCACCAGGGCUGGAAUGGAGAACACUGCACCAUCGAUGGCUGUCCUGACCUGUGUAAUGGUAAUGGCCAGUGUACCAUGGGGGAGCACAGUUGGCACUGUGAAUGCCAGACAGGCUGGAGGGGUUCCGGAUGCAGUGUUCCAUGGAACCUCCUUGCCACAACACACAUG